AUGCAAUUAGUUCCCGGAACAGAUCUUCUACAACUCUGGGAGAAGCUCUCGUGCAAUGAGAAGGCGUCUGUAUGUGAUCAACUAAAAGAGAUAUUCGCUCAAAUUCGCAGCAUCCCCUCACGGGGUUAUUUCGGGGGCGUGACCGGAGGCCCUGUUCAAGAUCGACUCUUUUGUUGGAUGGACGAGGAUCCACGUAUCAAUGGGCCUUUCAAGACAUCGGAGGACUUUCAUCUGGGUCUGGCUCUCCUUGCACAAAAGCAGGAGGAGCGCAAUGAUAGACACCCAUGGAGCUCAGAGUGGUUUGCACGACACCUUCCACAAGCACUAAAAGACCAUCCGAGUACCUUUACGCACUCUGACUUGGUCAGGCAAAACAUUAUGGUUCAAGAGCUUCUGGGAAACGAUGGCCACACUGAUAGACAGUUUAAGGUGACGGGCAUCAUAGAUUGGGAGUUCGCUGGAUGGUAUCCCAGGUACUGGGAGCAUGCCGUGCUCUUUGCUGACUAUCUUUGGGAAGGAGACUGGGAGAAGAAGAUCGAAACGUUCAUCGAUCCUUGGCCCCUCGAAGCAGCGCUCUUGAGAUUGGUAAAGGUUGAUUUGGAGGGUUUCUAG